GGAAAUAGUCACUGCCGAUUCGGGGUCGUUAGAAGUUGUCUUUACUCACCUCUUACCCUAAUCAAUGUAGUGUUUUAGCGAGUACUUUGGUUAAUAUGCGGUUGUGUUGAUGUGUACAGACAAUUGGUACCAUGAAGAGAGUAAUUCUCUUCAGGAACGGCUCUGGGGUGGAUGGUAAGGUGGUGCUGGUAACACACUCCUUGGAGGAACUACUUGCUGCAGCAUCACAGAAGUUGGGCAUCAGAGCCAUGAACAUCUACACACCCCAGGGAGGACUCAUAGAUGAUAUUAGACUCAUCAGAGAUGAUGACAUCUUGUACGUGUCUGAAGGUGAAGAUUUCCAUCUGCCAAUCCAGCCCAGCCCAGGUGUGCGGCCGCCAGGUCACGUUGGGUCCAGGGUGACUCCAGUGUCUGUAGUUGGACCAUCAUCUGCUUGUAGUGGAUCAUCGGCCACAAAUGACUGGGUUACACUCAACGUGGGAGGACAGAUCUUCACCACCACCCGGGCCACACUGGUCACCAAGGAACCCAACUCAAUGUUAGCCAAAAUGUUUAACUGCGAGGACAGUAGUUUGUUGCCCAGUAAUCGGGACGCCCACGGUGCAUACCUCAUCGAUCGUUCCUAUACAUAUUUUGAGCCUCUCCUGAACUUCCUGAGAAAUGGGACCUUGAUUCUUGACCCUGGUAUUAAUCCAGAAGGAGUGUUAGAGGAGGCCCGGUUUUUUGGAAUGGAGUCGGCCGUGCCAGUGUUGGAGGCUCUGAUCACUUCCCGGGAGGAGACACAGGAGCUGGAGCCUCUCACCAGACGACACGUUGUAGAGGCGCUCAUCACCACGCACCACCGAGACGAACUUAGAUUUCAAGGGAUCAAUCUACGAGGAGCUGACCUCUCCAAACUUGACCUUAGAAAUAUUAACUUUAAGUUUGCAGAUUUGUCAGGAUGUAACCUAGCGGGAGCCAACAUGAAUGGAUGCUGUUUGGAACGUGCUAACCUCUGUGGUGCCAACUUAGAAGGGGCACAGCUGCUCAAUGUGCGACUCUUGUGUGCAAACCUCGAGUCAUCAAAUUUACGAGCGUGUAACUUUGAGGACCCGGCAGGAACGCGGUCCAAUUGUGAAGGUGUGAACCUACGUGGGGCAGUACUGGAGGGUAGCAUGCUGGCCGGUGUUAACUUGAGAGUUGCCACACUGAAGAAUGCAAACUUGAAGAACUGUGACUUGCGUGCAGCUGUCCUUGCUGGGGCAGACCUGGAGAACUGUGACUUGUCUGGGAGUGAUCUACAAGAGGCAAAUUUACGAGGAGCAAAUUUGAAGGACGCUGCAUUUGAGCUCAUGUUAACACCACUGCACAUGUCACAGACCAUGACGUGUGACCUGUGACGGCACCCAGUGACUCCAGUUAACAGCUACUGCCAGUGUCUGUGAGAUAGACACCAAGCACUAAUAUGUGCAGGAUGACCUGAAAUUUACAAACCUAACAGCUCAAGGGAGCCUCGCAGGUGUGAUGUGAGACCAGACCAGGCUGUGAUGACGUACUUGAGGGCGAGGCUGAUGGUGAAGAUUCAGUCUGUACUCGGUGUGUAUAAGGUGCAUAAUAAUAUAAGUGUUUUCAACGUACCACUUUUUAACAGAUGGAUUUAAUCUUUCACAAAUAAACCAGUCAGUUAUAAGUAUUGUAGAAUCUCUUUAUGGUAAUAUGAUUUGUUUUGAAGAGUAAUGCAGGAGGCCGAGCUUUGUGUCUAAUAGGUUGUGGACUUGCAAACUCUCCUUGUCUGGCUUUGAUAACACGUAUUUUAGUACUGGUUGUGUUUGAUAGUAGACAUGAGAAUUAUCAGUGGGUGAUAAGGAUAUUGUGUUUCAUUCAUCUACAUUAGGAAAGAAGAGAACUUUUAUUUCUUCAUUAAUGAGGUAUAUAAAUGUGUUUAAAGAAUGAAUAGCAUCAAAUGAACUUCUCAAAAUACUGUGAUUUAAUCCCCAAAAGUGAAGAACAUUAUAAAAGUUUGUUCUCAGUUCUCCUUUUCUUCAGUAAUUAUUUUUACAUCAGAAUUAUUGUCUCUAACUGUGGAGAGUUUUAAAGUACUAAAAACUAAUUAUCAAUAAGAGUUUUAUCAUCUUAAAAUUCAUAAGCUCACCUAACCUGUCGUCAUAUUGCUGGUACUGUACUAGUCAUGUAGUGUGUGGGGAGAGCUGGUUGAUAACAGCCUUCAUCUUUUGUUAUGGAUAGAGAACAUGUCCACCCAUUGUAAGGAAUGAUUAUGGAUGUGCAGUCUGUUGGUUAAAACUUCAAUGAACAGAUCCAUUUCCUUACUCAUCAUUAAGUUAAUGUGUGCAUGAUUACUGUAGUUGUGAUAAUUUUUUAUGUAAAGAUUAUGAUCAUUAACAGUCAAGGUCAUUUCCUGGAUCCAAACUACUGUAUGAUGUUAAGAGAUUCUACUGACUUUUGUUCAAUAAUACUUGUUUGCUGCUCAGGCUGAAUACAGCUAAGAGUGUGUUCUUGUGGCCAAAUCAGGUACAGUAUAGUACUAUAGGUAAUCUGUACAUUGUAGGUUUGUAGAUGCAGAGUGAUUAUAUUUGAAGUUUAUUGUGUAAAAGUAGUGUGCUGUGUUCCUGGGUCCACACUGCACUAUGCAGUAUCACAUCUAAUGCACCCAGAUAGUAGCAUGCUGUAUUCAGGGAACAGCUUGCUGCACUUUUCAAGUUAUGGGCCCAGGUAGCAGCAUGCUGUGGUGUGUGAUUGUGGGUGCUGGUCAGAGUUGUGGAGUGUUCUUUAUGGUAUUUUAGUGCUGGUCACUAAAAUACAGUGGCCUUUGGCUAGUUUAUGAGCUAUUUGUACCAACUUUCAGCAUUUGUGUCAAUUCAGGUAUAUCAGUUUGUGUGAAUGUGUGUAUAGACAAUUGGUUAAAUUUAGUAAUUUUCUUUCACCUUAUAUUGGAGGUAAAGCUGCUAGGUGUAAGGGUUCUUUUUAUAUAUUAAUAAAUUUAUAUUUUUUUCUACAAAAGUUUUACUUAACAGUAUAUAGUAUAAUGCCUUGUAAUAAAUAACAAGAAUCUAUAAACCAAAGAGUGUAAGAGUUUUGAAGACAUACAAUACCACUGUUGAGAAAUCUGGAGGGUAAAUUUUAUGUUUUCUGUUGUGAUUUGAGCAACAGACAAAGAAUUGUUUCAACAUGUAUAUGCACCAGAAUUUUGAAUGUAUUGUAAGGAAUAAUCUCCCCAGGUUUGUGGAAAUAAUAUUGAGAAAUAGGUAAGCAAAAUUAUUGAAGUAAUAUAAUUUUAUAAUGAUAUUCCCUCAGUACAGUACAGUAAUACCCCGCUUUACGCGGUUUCACUUUCCGCGAUUUCGCAUUUACACGGUACCUCGCCAGAACCGGACUUUCACUUAACGCGGUGCAUCU